AUGGUGUCAACGACUACAAACCCGCCGCAGCCCCGUCGCGAACCCCCGCGGCCACCACUGCCCGCCAUCGUAGAGGCAGAACAGCAAUGGCUCUUUACGGAAGACGAGCUACUGUUGGCGCCGUCAAUCGUCGAUGGCAUGGCACCGGAGGAGGAGCGUACACUGCGGCGGAAAGGCGUCAACUUCAUUCUGCAAGUGGGCAUGAUGCUUAAGCUGCCUCAAACCACUAUGAGCACAGCUGCCGUCUUCUUCAACCGCUACCUCAUGAUGAACAGCCUGAAACCAAAACCGGGCUUCAAGCCACUACAUCACUAUCAAGUCGCCGCGACCGGACUCUUCCUCGCUACGAAAGUCGAAGAGAAUUGUAGGAAGAUGAAGGAACUCGUCGUAGCAUGCGUCCGAGUCGCACUCAAAGACCCCAACAAGCUCGUCGACGAGCAGACGAAAGACUUCUGGAAAUGGCGAGAUACCAUCUUAUACAGCGAAGACGUGCUACUGGAAAGUCUAUGCUUCGACCUAAACGUCGAGUCGCCAUACAAAGUCAUGUACGACAUGCUCAAGUACUACGGCAUUGAACACAACAAGAAGCUACGAAACUCGGCUUGGGCCUUCCUGUCCGACUCCGCGUCGACACAAAUGUGCCUCCUCUUCACAUCACGGACGAUUGCCGCGGCAUCCAUCUACGCGGGCGCGCGCAUGGCUGACGUCGACAUCCCAGCCGACGACGGGAAGCCCUGGUGGGAGAUCCAGCACGUCAAGCUGCGCGAUAUCAGGAAGGCGUGCAAUCUGAUGGCAGACCUGUAUGAGAAAUCGCCAGACAAAGAGGGCGAACCUAAUAUGUACGCGGGUCUGCGGACACCCGAGGAGGGCAUUGACUUUGGAGAUACACCGCAGAGUAUGGAGGGCGUCCAACUCACAAAUCCGGAAUCGACACAGCAACAACAACCUGCUAAUGGGGCAGAUAGUGGUGGGCAGACGGAAAGAGGCAGUGAAGAGGGCGAGUUGGAUGGUUGA